AAACGCCUUCCCCCCCACAGGUAUUAAACCAGCUGGAGGAACUUCUGUCCGACAUGAAGUCCGACGUGACGCGGCUGCCAGCGUCUCUCGCCCGCAUACCCCCAGUGGCCCAGAGGCUACAGAUGUCCGAGCGAUCCAUUCUCUCCCGCCUGGCCUCCGGAGCUGGUAAUUUGGACAAGACCGCUCAGGGGGGAGGUCAAGAGACGACCCCGUUCCCAGUGGGCUACUCGCCGGCCGGUCAACUACAGACUCUCGGAAACGCAAACUUUGCCAACUUCCGACCCCAGUACUCCCUCCCCGGCGCUGCCACCGCCCCAGGUGUGCCAAGCGCUCAGGUGAGUUUAGCGAGCCUCAGCGCCAGUCUACACAUGCUGGCGGCCUCCAACCCACUCCUGGAUGUGGGUUUACAGCAGCAGCAGCAGCCGCCCACAACCCAUGGCGGCACCAUCUCGGCAGCCACCAGGGCAUCGCUCCUUCUGCAUCAGCAACAGCAACUCCAGCAGCAAGCAUCAGAUGCAAAAAGCCUAAUUUACUUGGAUUAAAACUUGAUUCAGAUGUCUUACUUGGAUUAAAACUUGAUCCAGUCUCUUAUUUACCUGGAUUAAAACUUGAUCCAGUUUCUUACCUGGAUUAAGACUUGAUCCAGUGUCUUACUUACCUGGAUUAAGACUUGAUCCAGUGUUUAAUUUACCUGGAUUAAGCCUUUAUUAAGACAUCAUCUACCUGGAUUAAGACUUGAUCCAGUGUUUAAUUUACCUGGAUUAAGCCUUUAUUAAGACGUCAUCUACCUGGAUUAAGACUUGAUCCAGUGUUUAAUUUACCUGGAUUAAGCCUUUAUUAAGACGUCAUCUACCUGGAUUAAGACUUGAUCCAGUGUUUAAUUUACCUGGAUUAAGCCUUUAUUAAGACGUCAUCUACCUGGAUUAAGACUUGAUCCAGUGUUUAAUUUACCUGGAUUAAGCCUUUAUUAAGACGUCAUCUACCUGGAUUAAGACUUGAUCCAGUGUCACUUACCUGGAUUAAGCCUUUAUUAAGACGUCAUCUACCUGGAUUA